GGGGAGGUGUACCCCGCUAUUGACGUCAUGUCACCUGCUGCCGCGUGACGUCACGAGACACCAGGAAGCUGCCGUACUCUACGCGCGCGCUCACUGUGAGCCGAGAAUUGGUCUGAUGGAGCAACGGCACUCGGCGCAGCUCGGUACAAAAAAGAAACAAUGCGACCAGUGUGCAUACAGCACGGAUCAUACUGGAAGUUUGACUCAGCACAAGAGAACACACACAGGAGAGAAACCCUUCAAGUGCAGUGUGUGUGAGAAGGCAUUUGCCAAGCCAUCGCUUCUUCACGACCACCAGAGAACACACACGGGAGAGAAACCCUUCAAGUGCAUUGUUUGUGAGAAGACAUUUGCACAGUCAGCAGUUCUUCAGAGACACAAGAGAACACACACGGGAGAGAAACCCUUCAGGUGCACUGUGUGCGGGAAGGCGUUUAAAUGGUCAUCACAUCUUAAAAAACACCAGAGAAUGCACACAGGAGAGAAACCCUUCAAGUGCACUGUGUGUAGAAGCGUAUUUGCACAGUCAUCAAGUCUUAAGAUCCACCAGAGAAUGCACACAGGAGAGAAACCCUUCAAGUGCACUGUGUGUGAGAAGGCAUUUGCACGGUUAUCACAUCUUCACGACCACCAGAGAAUGCACACAGGAGAGAAACCCUUCAAGUGCACUGUGUGUGAGAAGGCAUUUGCACAGUCAUCACGUCUUAAGAUCCACCAGAGAAUGCACACAGGAGAGAAACCCUUCAAGUGCACUGUGUGUGAGAAGGCAUUUGCACACUCAUCAAGUCUUAAGUACCACCAGAGAAUGCACACAGGAGAGAAACCCUUCAAGUGCACUGUGUGUGAGAAGGCGUUUACACGUUCAUCAGGUCUUAAGAUCCACCAGAGAAGGCACACAGGAGAGAAACCCUUCAAGUGCACUGUGUGUGAGAAGGCAUUUGCAAAGUCAGCAGUUCUUCAGAGACACCAGACAACACACACAGGAAAGAAACCCUUCAAGUGCACUGUGUGUGAGAAGGCAUUUGCAGAGUCAUCACAUCUUAAAAAACACCAGAGAACACACACAGGAGAGAAACCCUUCAAGUGCACUGUGUGUAGAAGUGCAUUUGCACAGUCAUCACAUCUUCACGACCACCAGAGAACACACACAGGAGAGAAACCCUUCAAGUGCACUGUGUGUGAGAAGGCAUUUGCAGAGUCAUCACAUCUUAAAAAACACCAGAGAACACACACAGGAGAGAAACCCUUCAAGUGCACUGUGUGUGAGAAGGCAUUUGCAGAGUCAUCACAUCUUAAAAAACACCAGAGAACACACACAGGAGAGAAACCCUUCAAGUGCACUCUGUGCGGGAAGGCGUUUGCACGGUCAUCACAUCUUCAAAGACACCAGAGGACACACAGUUAUCAGAAGAUCCCCAAGGAGCGGAAUCUGAAAUCGGCUUGUGAAAGUCAAAGUGCUGCAAUGAGCCCAUCCCUGCUGAAAAAAGAACCAGAAUUUAAUUCCAGCUUGGACGCAAUGAAAUGUAUCAAGGUGGAUUUUGAAGAGGCGAAGGUGAAAUGUGAAGAAGUGAUGGUGAAGAGCGAAGAAGUGAUGGUGAAAUGUGAAGAAGUGAUGGUGAAGAGCGAAGAAGUGAAGGUAAAAUGUGAAGAUGAAGAUUCAACUCCAAAAUCGGACCUUCACAUCGAUGGAGGCAACGUGAAGCAGGAGGAGAAUUCUGACUGUGAGGCAGAGCGAGGCAACUCCCAGCAGUUUGUGGAAGUGGAGGUGUGGGUGGACUUCUUAGACAAUACAAAGUCAAAUGGAGACCCUGUAGAUGUGUAAGGUUGAGACAAUGAAGCUCCAAUAGAUUCAGCCUUGGCACAGGCUUUUAAUUACAAUAACGUGAAGUUGAACAGUCCAUUCCUAGGUUCAACCUGCAGAGUAAGAGCAACCAGUAUUUGCGGACCUGUGGGUUGGGUAAAUCUCUUGCCAGGAGCCAGAGCCAAUAAUCUCCGAAGCAUUCACGAUGUUACACUAUGUUAUAAUAAUUUUAGCAUUUAUAUGGCGCUUGCUUAAUCGCCUCAGCAACUCAGUUGUUUUGUAUCAUCUCAUCACAAACACUCGAAGAGCAUGUUGUAUAUAUGCCUUUUCCAUAAAAUUGUAUUGAUUGAUUCUU